CAUCUAAAAUUAACUCUCGAAUCUCAUGAACAAGCAAGCUCGUCGACAAUCCAAGCGAAUGAGUUAGUUACAUUUUCAAGCACGCACUUAGUAGAAAUGGUUCUCUUUCAACGAACCAAAAAACAAAAAGGAAGACGGAGACUCUUGAAGUGUAGAGAGAUAGCAACGCGUGAGGAAAAAAGUUAGUUGAUUUUGACUUGGUCUUUCUAUCCAUCCGUAGGAAGAGGAAAAAUAUGACAACCAUAUAAUUAUAACACAAUCUUUUAUUUUAAUGGCUCAUGCCAAUCUGAGAAGGACUUCUCCUUACUAUAUUCCAAACUUCAAACUUGAAAAAAUUACAUAUUCAAGACCAACCGUUACAAAAAUAAGAAGUGGCUGGUCUUACUCUUUGCUUCUUGCUUUGGAUUUCUGAAACUUCUUAUCUUUGAUCAUGUGGGGCCGUAGCUCAAAGUAAGACAAUCAGUUUUGUAAGCCAUCCUUGCGGUCGCUCUACAGUUGUCAUAAAUAUGAAGGACAAGAGAGACUUGUAUGAAUUCGUGUCAGAGUUAAUAGUUAUGGCUGAUGAGGUUGCUUCGCUUGCUAAGAAUCCUGAAAUUGAGAUACAGGAUGCUUUUACUGAGUUUGCCUUGUUGGUUGAGAAACUUGCAUCAAUCUUCAGUGAUUUGAGAGACAAAAGCACAAUCAUGGACAAGCCAGCUAUUAGAAAGUCAUUGGAAUCUCUUAUGAAUGAGCUUGGUCGUGCUAAAACUUUGAUCAGAAGCUCCUCUUUGAAAGACCCCGUCAAACGAAUUGAGGACAUAGCACAUGAUCUUGGUCGAUCACUAGGCAUGCUGCUUGUGGCCAGCCAUGAAGUGUGCAUAGAGUUUAGAGAAAAGAUUGGUACAUUGCAAAAACAGCUGAUGAAUGCGAGAUUUGGUGGGAAUAUGAAUCUAACUUCAAGUUCAAUAUCAAGAUUUGUCAGUGAAGUGGAAGUGAGAGGGGAAAUAGAAGAGGAAAUAAUUAAAGUUACUAGUGAUGAUGUUCUACUACAGCUUAAGAAUGGUGAUGCUGGAGAAUUGGCAGUUGCACUUUUAAGAUUUAAAAAGUUCAUCUGGGAUGGAAAACUGGAUAGUGGUUUAAUUAAUGUUGAAGCUGUUGUUUUUGUUCUUUUUAAUCGUCUGUGUUCAUGUAAGGCAGGCAAUAGGUUAACCAUCAUUCAAUUGCUAAGAAGUAUUGCUUCGGGAAAUGAUGAGACAAAGGAGAAGAUGACAAAUGUUGAGUUAUUAUCAGCAGUGGUGAAGUCCCUAACAAGAGACACCGAAGAGAGGAGGGAAGCAGUGGGACUGUUGUUAGAACUAUCUGAUCUUCCUGUAGUUAGACGGAAGAUUGGAAGAAUUCAAGGGUGUAUUGUUAUGUUAGUUUCUAUCCUUAAUGGAGUUGACCCUGUUGCUUCAAGAAAUGCAGCAAAGUUGUUGGAUGUUCUAUCGAAUAAUACUCAAAAUGCUCUUCAUAUGGCUGAGGCUGGUUAUUUUGGGCCACUAGUGAAGCAUUUGAGUGAAGGUUGUGAUAUGAACAAGAUCCUCAUGGCAACAGCACUUUCUAGGCUGGUGCUCACUGAUCAUAGCAAACUUGCCCUUGGACAAGAAGGGGGGGCAAUUGAGCCCCUUGUGAAAAUGUUCAAUUCCGGGAAACUUGAGUCCAAGUUAUCAGCUCUAAAUGCACUGCAAAACCUUUCCAGCUUGACAGAAAAUGUGCAACGUUUGAUCGGAACUGGCAUUGUAGGAUCUCUGCUGCAACUUCUUUUCUCUGUAACAUCUGUGCUCAUGACUCUGCGUGAGCCUGCAUCAGCUAUUCUGGCGAGAAUUGCGCAGUCAGAAACAGUUCUUGUUAAUCAAGGUGUGGCUCAGCAGAUGCUCUCACUUUUGAAUCUUUCCAGCCCUGUGGUUCAAGGUCAUCUAUUAGAAGCUCUAAACAGCAUUGCUUCCCAUCCUUGCGCUUCAAAAGUGAGAAGAAAAAUGAAGAAAAAAGGUGCACUUCAGCUAAUUUUACCAUUUCUGAAAGAUACAGAAAUUAAAACAAGGAGCAAGGCGUUGCAUUUGCUGUAUACUCUCUCUGACGAUCUAACAGAUGAGUUAACUUCACAUUUUGAUGAAACUCAUCUUUUUGACAUUGUUGGCAUUGUUUCAUCAUCAACAUCAGAUAGUGAAAAGGCUGCUGCUGUUGGCAUACUGAGUAAUCUUCCUGUUAGUGAUAAAAAAGUAACAGAUGUACUAAAGAGAGCAAAUUUGUUGCCUAUUUUGAUAUCCACUAUGAAUACAGACACAGGAAGUAACUCACCUACAAAAAGUAGCUUCGUGGAGAGUAUUGCUGGCGUUGCAAUCCGGUUCACAAAUUCUUCUGACAAGAAACUACAAAUUUUUUCAGCACAACAAGGGGUGAUUCCUUUGCUUGUGGCACUGCUCUCAAGAGGUUCAUCAAUCACAAAAUUCAGAGCUGCAACCGCCCUCGCUCAACUGUCAGAGAAUUCUCUCUCUCUGAGGACGUGUAGGAAGUCAAGGUGGCUGUGUGUUGCCCCAUCAAUAGAUGCAUAUUGUGAAGUUCAUGAUGGCUAUUGCUUUGUGAGAAGCACAUUUUGUCUGGUCAAGGCUGGUGCUGUUUCUCCCCUUAUCCAAAUACUGGAAGAUAAGGAUUGGGAAGCAGUGGAAGCUGCUUUGAAUGCCCUUUCCACUCUAUUGCAAGACGAAAUCUGGGAAGGUGGUGCCAAUUGCAUAGCCAAACUGUCAGGUGUACAAGCCAUUGUAAACAUAUUAGAAGUAGGAAAUGCAAAGGUUCAAGAAAAAGCACUAUGGAUGUUGGAGAGAAUAUUCAGGGUAGAAGAACACAGAACGAAAUAUGGAGAAUUGGCUCAGGUGGUUCUCAUUGAUCUGGCACAGAGGAGUGAUUGUAGAUUGAGAUCAACAGUUGCAAAAGUUUUGGCAGUGCUGGAGCUCCUACUAGUUCAAUCAAGUUAUUUCUAAUACAAAGUUUGAGUCCAAUCGGAUACAAACUUAGAAAAAAUUUCGAAUUUUUAUUUUCAGUAAAAAAAAAAGUCUAAAAAUUUGUUCUAAGUUUGUAUCUCUAUGAUUCAUAUCAUGGCUGGAAAUUUAUUUUGUGUUCAUUCAUUUAUAUUUUUGGUGGUACGUGUGCGUAUCUAAUCUUAUUUUAUAAGUAUAAUCAAAUUAAGGU